GCGUAUACGACGUCUGAAACGAGAAAGGCUACAUGAAUGUCUCCGGGAAACCCGUCCGCUCUUGCUGCCCCGCUGCUCCCUUUGGAAAUCCCGCUCGCAAAAACGUCGUCGCUCGCUUUUUAAUGUCCGUCCAAUGCUCGUGAAGUGCGCCGGCGUGUGUGUCGCACUCUCGGAUCACUGGCGAUCGCUGCAAUACGGAAUUUCAAGCGGAAUGAAUUCUCUCUGAUUUCAAUGUGAGCAGGAGAUUACCUGAAGGGAUGGACUCGAAGAAUACAGCCUGGCAGCAGCACGGCCCGGACAGCCUUCACAGCUGGUUGACAGCUGCUGCCUGUGCAUUGUCCACCUUCUUCGCUGUGGGCGGAAUGCGAUCAUCCGGGUUCCUGUACGUGGCCAUCGUCGAUCGGUUUGGCGUGAGCCGCGCUGAGGCAUCCUGGCCCAUCGUGCUCAUGGGUGGAGUUCUCCUCCUAUCGGGCCUGCUCUCUGGGCCUCUGGCGCACCGAUUCACUGCACGACCAGUGGUUAUCGUCGGAGGAAUUAUAUCGGCGUCGGGAAUGCUGCUCUGCUACUUCGCAACAAGUGCUACGCAUCUAACCGUGACACUUGGCAUUAUGCACGGUCUCGGUAGUGGAAUGGUAUUCGUCAUGAACACUACAUUCAUCAAUGAACACUUCGUCAAGUACAAAGGGCUCGCGAUGGGAAUCAACUUCGCUGGAUCUACUAUGGGUACCUUCGUAUUCCCAAAACUACUCGAGUACCUCACUAGAAAAUAUGGCCUCAACUCCGCCCUUCUCAUAUUUUCUGCCAUCACGCUCCACUCCGUCGCAUUCAGCCUGUUCUUGCGUCAACCAACGUGGCUCAAGAAGAAGGAGGUAGCGAACUCGCGGAACUUCCUCUACGGACUCACCGUUUUUAAAAGUGGAAUGUUCUACGUGGUCAUGUACUCUUACAUUGCCUUCAACCUGUGCUUCGACACCUACAUCUCCCUUCUAGUAGAUUUCGCCAAAGAUAAAGGGUUGUCCACCUCUAGCGCCGUGACAGUGUUGUCCCUCAGCUCUGUGGCGGACCUGGCGGGCCGUUUGACUCUUCCCGCGGUCGCAGACAGGGGCGUCAUCAGCAGAAGCACUCUCCUGGUGUGCUCCUUUAUGGUCAUGAGUGGACUGUAUGUGGCGAUGCCGCUCACCGACAGUUUUGUGUCCGUCCUCGCGGUAGCGACAAGCAUGGCUUUCGUUAUAGGAACCAGCGUGGUGUUGUUCUCGGUGCUAUUGGCCGAAUAUCUUGGACUGGACAGAGUAGCUAUGGCGUACGGCAUGGUAACAGCAUCUGCGGGAAUUCUGUCGUUUGGGAAGCCAUUCGUGAUUGGUUAUUUUCGGGAUCAGACCGGCAGUUACGACCCCUUGUUCAGGGGCUGUGGAAUCGUCGUCCUCUCUGCUGUGCUGGUGUGGACAGUUGCGUUAUUGCGAAACAAGAUAAAGUCACACACGUGGACCGUUGACGAGAUCAAGUCCAAGGCGCCUAUCACAAUCAGUAUCAUAUCGACGAAGUGCGAUGCGCAGAAGUAGAUGGAACUGAGAUUUUCCAGUAGGACAACGGUACUUCAGCGCGCAUGGGACAUUCAAUUCGAUUCUGUACAGUUACGACCUUUUCAAAAGAUUUCUCUCUGUCUUUUCUUUUAAAGAAUCGAGCGUCGUAAACACUGUUGAAGUGCCCGAAGUUCACUCAUGACGUCAUUUCGUGCUGCAGUUGUUAUUUAAAAUAAUUUUCGUGUUUUACAAGCUUCCCGUUUUAACAAACUCCGUAGCAAUACCCAUGGUGCAUUUGUCUAGCCGUCUACUUAUAGGUUAGAUAAUCACUUCGGCUUUCGACUACGAAGGAAAGAAACCCAUGUCCUCAUCUCCUUAAUCAUCAUUAUCAUCAUCAUCAUCAUCGUCAUCAAAUAAAGUUGUUCUUGUUGUUCCAACCCUCAU